AUGAUGGCAAUCUUCAACUUGAGCAGCUACAAUCCAGAAGCCUUCAUCCUACUGGGAAUCCCAGGGCUGGAGCACUUUCACAUCUGGAUCAGCAUUCCAUUCUUCAUUAUCUACCUUGUGGCUCUCCUGGGCAAUGGUGCCCUUAUCUAUCUUAUCUCCACAGAGCGUAGUCUGCACGAGCCCAUGUUCUUUUUUCUCUCCAUCCUGGCUGCUACAGAUCUCGUCAUGUCUAAUACAUGUGUACCCAAAGCUAUGAGCAUCUACUGGCGGGGUCCCCAGAAAAUUACCUUUCCUGGAUGCCUAACUCAGAUGUUUUUUCUUCACUGUAGCUUUUUUGUAGAGUCUGCCAUCCUUCUGGCCAUGGCGUUUGAUCGCUAUGUUGCCAUUUGCUUCCCUCUCAGGUAUACCACUAUUCUAACACACCAGAUGAUUACUAAGAUUGUAGUAGGCAUUGUCAGCAGGAGCUUUGCUAUCAUCUUCCCAUGUGUGUUUCUAUUAAAGAGACUGCCUUACUGCCGCACUCUCACCAUCCCCCAUACCUACUGUGAGCACAUAGGUGUUGCCCGACUCUCCUGUGCAGACAUCUCCGUCAACAUCUGGUAUGGAUUUGCAGUGCCUCUAAUGACUGUUGUCUCAGACAUGAUCCUUAUUGGUGUCUCCUACUGUCUCAUUCUUCAUGCCAUCUUUAACCUUCCAUCCCAGGAUGCCCGCCAGAAAGCCCUCAGCACUUGUGGUUCCCAUGUUUGUGUCAUUCUCAUAUUUUAUACUCCUUGCCUGUUUUCUGUCCUUUCCCACCGUUUUGGUCACAAUAUUCCUCUCUCCUUCCACAUUAUGGUUGCCAACCUCUACGUAGUUAUCCCUCCUGCGCUCAAUCCAAUUAUCUAUGGGGUAAAGACCAAGCAGAUUCGGGAAAAAUUCAUUCACAUCUUCUUCUUUAAAGAAUCCAAUGAGUAA